CCUGUAGCGGGAGUCGACAGUCGUGCGGCAGACGCCACAGCGUGCACACCGCCUCCCUGCUCCCCGCCUCACCGGCACCCGUCCCCGCGCCCGGGAUCCCCUGACUUACGCAGUGAAGUGAACGCUCUCCGGAGCCCGCCGCCGGACGAGCCAGUGUUCAGUGUCCUACACUCUGCUCGCAUGAAUAUUCUUGUGGUGCCCAUGAAGAGCUUGAAUUUUGUGAUGCUUGUGGAGUGUCUGUCUCGCGUGGAUUCUAAAGUAAUGUUGACGGGAAACAGUGGUUAGUGCUGUGCUCCGCAGAGCCGCUCUGCUGAGGACAGUCAGUGUGCUUUGACGCAUCCAGUGACCUCUGCGUGAUAUUCUCCGCUGGUCAAGUGGUGGUCAGCGCGCAGUGACCCUAUCUGACCCUAACUGACCUGUCCAGUGGGAGAGCGGGGUCACGGAGGCUGGAUGCGAGCCAUGACGGAUCUUGACACCCCCGGCGCUGUCGUCUGGCCCAAGUGGUGUUAUUCCAGUAAGUCAGCUUGGUAUCAUUCCCGUAACCAGGUGGAGGGCGAGGCCGCACAAGACCUGGCGCUCAACAACAACACCCCCAUCACCAAAGACAAGGAGCAGGCUGCGGUCGCUGCCGCUAACGCCGCGGCUGCCGCAGCCUACGGCACCAAGGGCCGCAAGAAAGUACGGCGCGAGGUGCUCAACGGAACGCGCGUCGAGGAGAGAAUGCCCUCAGACUCCACUAACGACGUCAAGUCUGAGAGAUUAUCGCCCGACCCCGGCAGCGACGCCCCCGCCACCACCCACGCCACCCCGAGCCCCUCUGUCUCGCCCAAGUCACCCGCCUCUCACCGUACCCGAACGCCAUCGUUUCCCGGAACGCCGCCCAACCCCGCCUUCACGCCGCCCGCCGCAAUCACCACCGCCUACGACCGCUUUAGUCCAGCGUCUUUGGGCGGUGUGGGCGGCCUCCCGGGCGGUCCCGGGGCCAUCAAGCAAAUGGAAUCCCUCAUGAACAGAAACUGCUCUGACCUCAUGAGAUCACUGGCGGCCAAGUACAACCAUAGCAACCCCAACGAUUACUUCAGCAGUCCAAACAACGGGUUUCUACGUCAUCCUCUGAGUGGGCUGGCGAGCUACAAGCAUGGGUCGGCGCCCUUCCUCGGCGUCCCCGCCCCUCCCACCACCUCCGCCUCAGCCAAGGACACCGAUAAAAAGAUCGACGCGGUACCAGUCUCCACCGCCGCCGGCAUCGCCCCGCUCCCCCACCCCGCCGCGCCCCCGAUGUUCCCAGGGGCAGCGGGUCUCCCCGGCUUCCCCGGGUUCCCCCUUGUGGACAUGUCCUCCUCACAAGUCCUUCUCAAUAUGGUUAGGAACGCCUCGGCGACACAACAGUCCCAGCUGGAGAACUACCUGCGGGGGGCCAUGAAGCGGCCGGCUGACGCCCCGACCUCUCCUCUCGACCUGUCCGCCAGCAUGGCCACGAAGAGGCCCCGCACCGAACCCUCCAAGUCCUUCGACGUUAAGACCUUGUUUGGCCUCCAGCACGAAGAGGAAAAGAAACUGGAGACCAAAGCCCACACCACGAGGUCACCGACGCCUCCCAAGCCGCGGCCCACGCCCUCACCAGGGUCUCAUAAGCCUCCCACGCCUUGCUCAGACAAGAACUGCCCCUCACUCGAGACAAUCGGCCACUGGACUGUCGACGACGUUUGUUCCUUUGUCGGGAGCAUAGAACUCUGCGCCGAGUAUGUGGAGGCGUUCCGUGAGCAACGUAUCGAUGGUUCGGCGCUCCCUCUGCUGACGGAGGAGCACCUCACCUCCAGCAUCAACAUGAAGCUGGGUCCAGCCCUCAAGCUGCGCUCGGUGCUGGCACGGCGCCUCGGAGCCUGCAACGUCUGCCUUCACUGCGACCACUGCCACUCCCAGACGCAGGAGCGACGGCCCAGCUCCGCUUCGUCAGGCCAGUAGGACAACACUACGGCCUGCGACGAACACUCUAACCCAAAGUGAAUUCCUCUGGGCAUACCCACAAGUCUUCCGUGUACCAAGAAUGAACGCUGGACGAGUUCCGUGGGUUAGCAGGGAACGAAACACACACACACACACACACACACACACACACACACACACACACACACACACACACAUUAUCGGCUUCAUGGAGCCACUGCAAUCAUACUAUGACCUCAGGGACAUGCAGUACUCUCACCCAGAGGACCUUCUGGGUCACCCUGCAAAGUGCUGCGUUGCUACUGAAACUGAUAGUGACAUGGGAGGACUCGCGGAUAAACCUUCCCAUGCAGAGAACACUUUUGUGAUAACCUGCGACAGCGUGCGCCACGACUCAAGCCAGCGCGAGAAAGUCACUUGAGGAAAACUUAACGCAGUUGGCUCAAACGACUCCUGAGUGUCCACGGUUUACACACACGGGGUAGACGCAGAGUGGAUGGACGUGACUCUCGGGUGCGACUCCACGAUGAUACCUAAACCUGUUCCCACAAUGGACAGUCCUCGAAAAGACUAAAACUGUGCUGUUGUCGGCUGGACCCACACAGAUGCUGUUGUUCCCCUGAGUGUUGACUGACAGGUGGACAGUGGUAGUCGCUGUUGCUUAGUCAACAACCAAGACCUUUCGUAGGUGUUCACAAACGUUCCGCAUUAUAACACGAGGCAUGCGCUUACUAGGACCAGAUUCUUAAACGUAAUUCUGAUCUCAAAUUAUGUGUUUCUGAAUGUAAAUACUUGAACAGUGUCUUGGCACUUUCGUCACCUCGGUUUCUUGUACUCUGGAUCAUUCUUAUCCUCACUUAUUGGUUCGUGAAAGACACAAUAAAAGUUUUGCUUUCACUUUCUGUUCAAGUUACGUUUCAGAAUUUGGCGCUUGGUGCUUCUUGGCCCCACCCUUACCUGGGGCCUUCAAAAGACAAACCCGCUCAAGAUUUUCAAGUCAUAGUUUCUUUACAUCUCUGUUUAUUGUUUUUUACACCGAAAAUAUUGUUCAUGUACAAUUGUUCACUAAAAAAUGGAAAACGUACAUUCAUAGCGUUACCUCAGAUGGUUAGUAGAUCUUUUUUUUUUGUCCAUUUCGAAAGCAUUGCAACUUAUAUUUUUUUAGAUAUGCAGGAAAAGCUGAAGCUAAUAAUAAACGACACAUGCUGUAUAGAAUUUAGCUUUGAACGAGUGGUAGCUUUGAAAGGGAGACCAGGGCAUGCCGACAGCUGGCACGGCUGCGGCGAGGCGCCCAGCGUCCCCCUUACAAACCACACCUGUGUUAACCCAAAGAUUAUGAGUAAGUCCGAUGUGUUAGUCAUUCCUUGAUGGUAGGGGCAUAGAGAUGGUUCAGUAUUUAUUUGUGUAUAAUUCGGUGGAACCUAAAUUGUUGGUGAUUAAUACGUAGCUUGUACAUAAGAGAGAGCAUUGUUACUCCCACGCGUUGGCCAGGUUCCUCCUCUCUUCAUCCUCCUCCUCCUCCUCCUCACCACCACCACCCAGGUCACCAAGAGGAGGGAGGAAUAUCUUAGUCAUAUUUGUAUUCGUUAUUAUAUGUACGAUUUUUCUUUCUACAUGUGAUGACUUCAAACUUUUUAUAUAUAUUUUUUUUCUUUUCUCCCAUUGUUGUUGUUUUCCUUUUGUUGUCUUUACAUCGCAAUCACCUUCCAACCGACACUAACCCUGGUACGCGGCGGCGACAGUUGACUGGCUAUGAAUAAACACGAUAACUUGUAACUAAAAACAUAAGUGAAGAGGAAAAAUAGUAACUCAGUGGUCGGGCAUAAUACUAGUAAAAAGUUAGAAUGCCUGGGGGUUGGGAUGGCAUGUUCCUCCCUUCUCCCUUGUUGUUUACCUGCAACAAUAAACUAUCCAUCAAUUAAUCAGAAUAUCUAAAAGAAGACUGAAUUCAAAUUAUUACAUUUUUUUUAAGUGAAAUGCUCAGUUUUUUCCUCCGAUGUUUUUUCUUUUGUGCUGAAAAUUGGUGCUCAAGCCUGGCCAUUCUCCUGCCUGUCCGCGCCGUGAGGAGGAGAGAAAACGUGUCACCUUCAUCCCCCUGAUUCACUAUUGCUGUCAUGGUCACUCUCUCUCCCUUCCUCCCUCCCUCACUCCUCCUCCUCCUCCUCCCUCUUCCUACACUUCCAUCAUCCACCUUCCCGUCAUCCCCUUUCAAGAAGUCGCUGUCAUCCUUCAUUUGUUUGUAAAGACUUGUAAUAUUUUUUCAUACAUGAUGUAUAUAUGGAGCUCAUCCUGUUUUUAUAACUGAAUGAUUUUUUUUAUUAUAUGUAAAAGAAUGAGAACCCGGUGGUUAGACUGAGCCCGGCGGCGGGAGGUCCUAGGCGGGGGAAGAGGCGGCUAUAGAGGCAGAAAAGAGUGUGAUCAUGUGUGAAACUCUUUUAGAUUUUAGCCGACGAGUAGCCCGCAAGGAAGCCCUGCCGCCGGGUCAGACACUAUGGGGGUCGCAGGCAGGGUCGGAUGUAAGCAAUAAAUAUAUAAAUAUAUCUAUAUUACAACGUGGAGUUUUCUGUUAUAUUUGACCGUUUUUUUUUCCUUUUUUUGAGAAUUCCACACUGGGAGAAAUUCUAUUUUGUUGUUUAUAAUAUUAAUUUCUAUCGGGAAGGCUUGUAUACUACACCACACACCCUACUUGUACAUAGCGUAACACCGGAAUAAAGAGCCAAAAGAGAA